GUCGAAGACACACGACCUAUAAAUAAUUAUAUAAUUAUUAUUUUAUGUCACUGUGGUAAAAUACGCCUAUACGCAGCCACCGCCGCCACCUACGUCAUUAUAUCCGGCUCUAGCUGACAUGUAAUAGAUUAUGAUAAAACAAACAACAUUACACAACAUCUUAACAUGGGCAAUUGCAGUGAUUUUAUUUAUAUUCCAAUCACUCAACUAUUUUAUUGCAUGGAUAAAAAAAUACUUGAAACAUGGAGAAAAAAUUACUACUGUUGUGACAGCAGAUACGACAAUAUCAUCCGAGUCGAAUCCGAAUAAUAAAAAUGCGCAGGAAAAUGUUAUUACUGUGCAACGAUUAAUACAAAAACACUUUGACAUUCCUCUGAUAAUUGCAGAGGAUGAACCAAAAGUGUAUAAUUUCAUUAAAAGUGCUCAAUUAUUGACUUCUAAUGAAAUUUGCAAAGAAAAAAAGAAAAUUGAUAAAUUUAUGGAGAAUUUAGUAGAUGACUCUUAUGUUGCACGUGGCCUAGGUUUGAUAACUGCAACUGUUGGACGUCAGUCAGAAUUUUACUUGUACUCAAAAUAUGAUAAUGAUUUUGAAAACAUCGUUAUUAAACUCAAUGGACGGAACGGUGAAGUUGGUGAAAUCACAAUAUUAAACCAAAACCCUGCAGAAAUUGUUAAAACGAAAGCAAUUCCCAUCGAUUAUUUUUAUGAUAAAGAUCGAAUAAAAGUUACUUACACACCAUUCGCAGAAGGAGUGUAUACAUUAACUCUGGUACGAAACAGUUUAUCCAUUUGCCGCUCUCCAUACUACAUAUCGGUAGAAAAAAGCCCGACCAAUUCUAGAUCUCAAAUUCGGCUAGGUACAAAGAAAUAUAAACCGGUAACUAAGUUUGCUAAAGCUAAACAUUCGUCUCUUGAAACAUGUGACAAUAGUACACCUGCCAUUGAACUCAAUAAACCAUCUAUUUGUAGAAAUAUUCUUCCAGUAUCUGAAGAAAACUCUAUACGAACAGACGUUAUGUCUAUAGUUACAAAAUUUGAAUCCAACAGUAUGAGUGUUCAAAAAAAGGUUCAUAAACAUGCACCUAGCAUACCCGAAAAAUGUUCGGAAACUAAUUUGAUCGAUGACAUUUCAACGUAUUUGAAUAUUAAACCAAAAAUUAAAACCGACAACGUCUAUUAUAAUAAUGUCAGUGAUUUAAAUUCACAUAAUGCUCAAUCAAAAUCUAAAUCUACUGACAACAAUUUUUGCAAUGACGUAGAUAUAACUUAUAUAAAUAGUAAAGAAAGUGAUAUAAAUGCUGUAGAUUUCGAAAGGAAACCCAUGACAAAUUUUAACAAAAAUAUUAGAAUUACAAAAGAUAUACCUUGGGUAAAGGAUGUAUCAUCGACCCACUUAAAACCUACAAACAGUGUAUUGGAGGAAAGUUUAAAUGAUUGGAAUUCAAAUGACGUAGAAAAACGCCUUCAAACGUUUAAAACAGCUGAUUUUAUAGACGAAAAUACCCACAGCGAAGCACUGUUGAACCCUACAACUAGAAUAGAUGAAUAUGAUAUCAAAUGCAUAGAUAACGAACCAUGUAUACAAAAUGAACUAUCUUGUUUUGAUGAUGAUGACAGGAAAACUGUAGUUGUAAUGGAAAAUUUUAACGAGCUAGAAUCAAAUAAAAAUGAUACAGUGAUUCAACAAAUAACCGAUUCGGCACAAUACAAUAUUAACACCCCUUUCGCCAGUGUUAUUACAAAAAUAACAAAUAGUGUUUGUGAAAAAUGUUCUAUACAAGUGUUAAAAAUUAUAUCCGAGUUUCCUAGAGAUAUAAACAUAACACAUGACAAUUCAAAGGAAAUAAGUUCAAGCUUUGAAGCGCUUCUAGCACAGCCAAUUAGCAUUAAUAUUAAUAUAGAUAAUAUGUUUGAACAUCCCAUUAGUGCUGCAAAUGAACAAAAUAGUAAAGAUUCACUGACUAAUAGUCCAACAAAAAUAAAACGCAUGGGUACAACCGAUAAAGACAUGAAAUGUCAAUAUCUGAAUGAAAUUGAACCAAUAAAUAAUAAUUCUGAUGAACUAUGCGGUGACAUUAAUAACUCAUCAAAAGAAUUAACAAUCAAAACAAAUAAACCCAAUAGUAAAGUAAGCAAAACGAUAAAAGAUAAAAUAAUCGAUCAUUGUGCUGUUGUUCCAUUCACCGAAAAUACUAUUGAUAAAAACAAAACAGUAGACCAAAAAAAUGAGUGGUCUACAAAUAAGAUAUUGGAAAUAAAAUGUUCAACAACUAAUGAAGAAAAUGUAUUACAUUCGAAUCAAUUUAAUAAUGAUACCAUUUAUAAACCAGAUAAUGAAAUGGAAAUCCAAGGACGACAUUUACAGAAAUCCUCAGAACAUAAAAUGGGCUUAAUUAAAAUAAAUCAAUUUCAUGAAAAUAUCAACAACAAAUUAAAUAAUAUCAAUAAAGAAAGUGAUAAAUCUUUAAGCACGAGUGAUUUAGUAACAAUUAAUAAUGAUAAAAACAUUAAUGAAGAACUAGUGAGAGACGAAUUCAAAAUCAAUAACGUUAUCAUCCCGGACAAAAACACAAAUAUUCAAAGUUCUGUUAUAGAUAACACAGUAUUAGCGUCAAUGGGGGUUACAUUAGAGACUUCGAAAUAUAGUUCAGAAGAUAAUGAAGAACAGACAAAAAAUUUAUCCUUUAAAAAUGUUACAUCAGCUUCCAACGCAAAUGAAAACCAAAAAUUAAUGAUUGAAAAGUCAAUUGAACCGGUAUUGACCAGUUUCAAAAAUAAAAUGGUAGAAAAAAUCACACAAUUAUAUUUAAAUAAGGAUUUAUCAAACACAGUUAAUACUACAAUUGUAGAAACCAACGAUAAACAUCUAACAAAUAUUUUAAAAGAAAAUCAAAUUCAUAACAUUGAGAAUAAUACAGAAAUAAAUACUAAAUGUAUUGAAACACUCACGUCACAGUUACAAAAUCAUAUUGACAAAAAUGAAAUAUCAGAAAUAAUAUUAGACGAAAAAAAAAUGGCUAAUAACCAUCUACUUAAAUAUGUUGAAAAUAUAAUUAAAACAAAUAUAAAUCCAAGUGAUAUGUAUGCACAAACAUUGGGUGAAAAAAAACUUUGGACACUUGUAAAUACAGCCAUGAAUAACCCAAAUGACCAAAAAAUAGACAAUGGGUUUAAACAAAUGAUAAAAGACAACGAAACCCAAUAUGUCAAGCUGAAGAAAAUAAAUAAUGGUAAAAUAGUUCAAGAUAUUUUGGCGGAAACAGAAAAUGUUACAAUAAUUAAAAAUACAGAUAAACUAACAGCAUCCAAAAACGAAGUAACAGUUAAAGCCGAAUGUAAAUUGCCAUUAAUAAAUGAUUUUAAUUCUAUAGAGAGAGAUAAUACAAACACAGAUAUCGAACACGAAAUGCAAACAAUAAAUGAAAAUGAAAAUUUUACAAUGAUAGAAACUAAUACUGUGGAAAUACAAGAGUUGCCAAACUUUCAAAAAUCACACAACACAGCAAUUAUAACUCCAAUCAUAGAACUUCAGCCAACAUUAGAAACACAGAUAAUGAAUACUUCAGAGCUUGUAACAGUAGGAGAACAUAGCCUAAAAGCAAUUCAAUCUGCAAUUGAGAUCAUUCAAUCAAAUAUAUCUGAAGAAACUGAUGAAAUAGAGAAUAUCGAUGACAAGAGAGAAAAUAAAUCGGUAAAAUUACAAAUUAAGGAAAAUGAAAAUAUAAUAAUAAAAAUACCACAUUUGGUUGAGAAAAAAACUAUAAAUGAAAUUGUAGAAAAUAUAAGUUCAAAUACUUCUACAAAAUCAAAUUCAACUAAAAAUGUAUCAAUGCAACAAACCAAAAAACAAGAAAUUGAAACAUCAGAAUCAACUUUAUCCCCAAAACAUUUAUAUAUUAUGAAAAAUAUUAUGUUAGAAAAAAAAGAAAACACAGAUGAAACUUGUACACCAGAUGGUACUGAAAUUGAAACGUUAGAAUUUUUUAAUGAACCUCUAAAAAUGAAUUCGGUUCCUCCAUUCACAAACGAUACAUCAGUUCAAACUACACUGGAAUCAAAAACCGAAAAAAAUACCUUACAUAAAACAUUCGAUUCAAAACAUAACGUGACAACUACAGAAUCAAUAGUAAACGAAAUUAAUCAUAAUAAUAACAAAAAUGAAACCACAAGACAAAUUAGUUCUACGGCUGGAGAAAUAGAAGAAAAACCUAUAAAAAACCAUACAGAAAUAGAAUGUAGACCACUAAUUGAUGCUCCAAAUGAACCGGAUGAGAUGCUUAUUGAUACUAAAGCAGAAACUCCUGGCUUUAUUGUAACCCCUACGGCAUCUUUAGUCCGAAAAAUUGUGGUAGAAUUUGUAACCAGAAUGAAUAAAAAACCAGUUGAAACAUUAGCCAUUGUUGUACAUGAUCAAAUAGAAGAAAACAUUGUAACUGCAAGAGAAAUACCCACAACAAUGAAUUCUUUGACAGUGGUUAUGGACGAACAAGUUAAUAUAAAAACCCAUGAAUCAAGUACAUACUACGCAAAGGUAGAUGAUAAAAUAAAAACUACAGAAACAAAAACUCAAAUAUCAAUCGAUCAAAAAAAUGCAGAUAAAAUUAUUGAAAAAGAACCGGAGGUUCUACUACAAAUUAAUUCUAUAAAAGGAGUAAUCGUGGAAAAACCCAAAGUGAACUUUAGUAGAGAAAAUCAAAAACAUUUACCAACUGUUACAUCCACUAAUUCUACAGAAGAAAUGGAAGGAAUAAAUAAACUUAUCAUAACAUUACCCAUUCAAUCUACUAUAGAAUAUUUAGAUGUAUCAAAAGAAAUAGAAGAUAUAAACGAAACAGAAAAAACAUCAUGCACCAAUUAUUCCACUGUAACCGUAGAAGAAUCACCAGAACCAAUUGAUUCUUCAGAUGGAGUAGUGGGAGAAAACACAAAAGAUAAUAUUGAUACAGGAAAUGAAAAAUUAUUACCAAUUGAUACAUCACCCGGACCUGUGAAUCAAAAUAGAGUUAUGGAUGAACUUAUAGAAAAAUUAUCAAAUAUGGAAUCAAACGUAGAAUCAAUAGAGAAAUCUUUAAAAGAUAUAAAUGUAACAGCAGUGAUAAAUACUGAUUCUGCCAACGUGAUCUUAAACGUUCAAACAGAAGAAGAUAAAGUUAUUGGGGAAGAACCAAAAGAUUCCAUUGAUGAAAAAAAUAUCGAAGAACCUCCUGCAGCAACAGUUAAUUAUUCAGAUAAAGCAAUUGCAAAAAAUACGAAUGAGAACAUUGAUACAGAAAAACAAACAUUUUUACCAAUUAAAACAUCUACUCCUUUGAUAAAAGAAUUGAAAGUAAAAGAAGGAACAACUGAAAUUACAUUGCCAAUUAAAUCAACUAUGCAAUCAAUAGAGGAACCAAAAGAAGAAAAAGAUCUAACUGAAACUAAAAUCACAUCAUGUACCGAAUCUUCAAUGGAAAUAAUUGACGAUCAAAAUCGCGCAGACCUAAUUGUCAACCAAAAAUCUCCGGCAGAAAACAAUUCUUCAGAUGAAGUUCAGGGAGAAAACAAAAAUGUAAAUAUUGAUAUUGAUAAUGCAACACCUUUACCAAUUGUAUCAUUCAUUGAAUCUAUAACAGAACCAACCAUGGCAGAAGAGAUGACAGAAACCGAAGUAUCGUGUAAUGAUUCUUCAAUUGUUAUAGUACACCCUAAAAUAGAUGUAGUAGAAGAGCAUGAUGAAAGAAAUGUAAUACCAAUUAAUUCUUCAAAUAAAGUAGAUGGUGAAAAAAUUGACAUGAACAUUGACACAGAAAAAGAAACAUUAUUAAUAACUAAAACAACUUCUGAUUUGGUGGAAGAAUUAGAAGUUAUAAAAGAAACUACUGAAAUUGUAUUACCAAUUGAAUCAUCAAUUGAAUCUAUAGAUAAACCAAAAGUAGUUGAGGAUAAGAUAGUUGAAACCGAAAUAACAUCAUCUACUAAAUCUUCGACAGAAAUGAUGGGCGAUCAAAACCAUGUAGAUAGAAUUGUCUUCCUAGAACCUCCGUACGAGGAUAAUUCUUCGAAUGUAAUUGUUGAGGAAAAUACGACUGUGAAUAUUGAUACAGAAAAUAAAACCACAUUAUUUAUUGAACCAAUAGUAGAGCCAGAAAUGGAUGAAGAUAGAACUGAAAAAGAAACAUUAUCAUUUAAUGAUUCUUCCACUGCAACUAUAGAAGCUCAAUCGAAGAAAGAAAAGUAUAUUGAAGAAGAAUCACCUGUAUCAAUUAAUUCUUCAGAUGAAUUGGUGGGUGAAAACACUAAUAUGAACAUUGAUACAGAAAAAGAAACAUUGUUACCAAUUAAAUCAUCAAUAGAAUCUAUAGAUGAGAUAAAAGUAGUAGAGCAUAAGAUAGUUGAAACCGAAAUAACAUCAUCUACCAAAUCUUCAACGGAAAUGAAUGGCAAUCAAAAUCAUGUAGAUAGAAUUGUCUUCCAAGAACCUCCGUACGAGGAUAAUUCUUCGAAUGAAAUUGUUGAGGAAAAUACGACUGUGAAUAUUGAUACAGAAAAUAAAACCACAUUAUUUAUUGAACCAAUAGUAGAGCCAGAAAUGGAUGAAGAUAGAACUGAAAAAGAAACAUUAUCAUUUAAUGAUUCUUCCACUGCAACUAUAGAAGCUCAAUCCAAGAAAGAAAAGUAUACUGAAGAAGAAUCACCUGUAUCAAUUAAUUCUUCAGAUGAAUUGGUGGGUGAAAACACUAAUAUGAACAUUGAUACAGAAAAAGAAACAUUGUUACCAAUUAAAUCAUCAAUAGAAUCUAUAGAUGAGAUAAAAGUAGUAGAGCAUAAGAUAGUUGAAACCGAAAUAACAUCAUCUACCAAAUCUUCAACGGAAAUGAAUGGCAAUCAAAAUCAUGUAGAUAGAAUUGUCUUCCAAGAACCUCCGUACGAGGAUAAUUCUUCGAAUGAAAUUGUUGAGGAAAAUACGACUGUGAAUAUUGAUACAGAAAAUAAAACCACAUUAUUUAUUGAACCAAUAGUAGAGCCAGAAAUGGAUGAAGAUAGAACUGAAAAAGAAACAUUAUCAUUUAAUGAUUCUUCCACUGCAACUAUAGAAGCUCAAUCCAAGAAAGAAAAGUAUACUGAAGAAGAAUCACCUGUAUCAAUUAAUUCUUCAGAUGAAUUGGUGGGUGAAAACACUAAUAUGAACAUUGAUACAGAAAAAGAAACAUUGUUACCAAUUAAAUCAUCAAUAGAAUCUAUAGAUGAGAUAAAAGUAGUAGAGCAUAAGAUAGUUGAAACCGAAAUAACAUCAUCUACCAAAUCUUCAACGGAAAUGAAUGGCAAUCAAAAUCAUGUAGAUAGAAUUGUCUUCCAAGAACCUCCGUACGAGGAUAAUUCUUCGAAUGAAAUUGUUGAGGAAAAUACGACUGUGAAUAUUGAUACAGAAAAUAAAACCACAUUAUUUAUUGAACCAAUAGUAGAGCCAGAAAUGGAUGAAGAUAGAACUGAAAAAGAAACAUUAUCAUUUAAUGAUUCUUCCACUGCAACUAUAGAAGCUCAAUCCAAGAAAGAAAAGUAUACUGAAGAAGAAUCACCUGUAUCAAUUAAUUCUUCAGAUGAAUUGGUGGGUGAAAACACUAAUAUGAACAUUGGUACAGAAAAAGAAACAUUGUUACCAAUUGAAUCAUCAAUAGAAUCUAUAAAGGAACCAAGAGUAGUAGAGGAUAAGAUAGUUGAAACUGAAAUAAAAUCAUGUACCGAAUCUUCAACGGAAAUGAAUGGCAAUCAAAAUCAUGUAGAUAUAACUGUCUUAAAAGAACCUCCGUACGAGGGUAAUUCUUCGAAUGAAAUAGUCGAGGAAAAUAUGACUGUGAAUAAUGAGACAGAAAAUAAAACCCCUUCAUUUAUCGAACCAAUAGCAGAACCAGAAAUAGAUGAAUAUAGAACUGAAAAAGAAACAUUAUCAUUUACUGAUUCUUCCAACAUAGUGAUUGAUGUUGAAAAAGUUAUUGGUAAAGAAUAUUCUUCACAAAUUUCUGUAGGUGAAAAAAGUAUCAAAAAGAAACAUAUGGUACCAAAUUAUUCUUCAGGCGAAUUAUUGGAGAAAAACCAGAAAUUGAACAUUCAUACAGAAAAUGAAACUCCUUUGAAUAUUGAAUCAGUAAUUGAAUUCAUAGUAGAAUCAGUAGUGGUAGACGAUAAAACAGAAAUCGAAAAAUCAUGUAAUGAUUUUUCCACUGUAACUGUAGACGCUCAAACAAAAUAUGAAAAUUGUAUUGAAGAAGAAUCACCAGCUCCAAUUAAUUGUUCUGAUGAAGUAGCGAGGGAUAAAAAGAAUGUAAAAGUUGAUAUUGAAAACGUCACACCUUUACCAUUUGAAUCAAUCAUUGGAUCAAUAGCAGAACCAAUGAUGGCAGAAGAUAUAACAGAAACCGAAAUAUCGUGUACUGAUUCUUCUAUUGUCAUAGUACACUCAAAAAUAGAUGUAGUAGAAGGGCAUGAUGAAAGAAAUGUAAUACCAAUUAAUUCUUCAAAUAAAGUAGAUGAUGAAAAAAUUGACAUGAACAUUGAUACAGAAAAAAAAACAUUAUUAAUAACUAAAACAACUUCUGAUUUGGUGGAAGAAUUAGAAGUUAUAAAAGAAACUACUGAAAUUGUAUUACCAAUUGAAUCAUCAAUUGAAUCUAUAGAUAAACCAAAAGUAGUUGAGGAUAAGAUAGUUGAAACCGAAAUAACAUCAUCUACUAAAUCUUCGACAGAAAUGAUGGGCGAUCAAAACCAUGUAGAUAGAAUUGUCUUCCAAGAACCUCCGUACGAGGAUAAUUCUUCGAAUGAAAUUGUUGAGGAAAAUACGACUGUGAAUAUUGAUACAGAAAAUAAAACCACAUUAUUUAUUGAACCAAUAGUAGAGCCAGAAAUGGAUGAAGAUAGAACUGAAAAAGAAACAUUAUCAUUUACUGAUUCUUCCACUGAAACUAUACAAGCUCAAUUGAACAAAGUAAAGUAUACUGAAGAAGAAUCAUCAGAACCUAAUAAUUCUUCAAAUGAAGUAGUUGGGGAAAAGUCUUAUAUGAACAUUGAAGUUAUUGACGAUCAAAAUCAUACGAAUACAAAUAUUGAUCAAGAGCCUCUGGUAUCAAAUAAUUCGUCAGAUGAAGUAGUGGGAGAAAAUACGAAUAUACCAAUUGGUAUAAUAAUAGAAUCUAGAGAGGUAUCAAAAGUAAAUAUAAAAGAAAAUAUUUUUGAAACAGAAAAAACACCAUGUAUUAAUUCUUCCGCUGUAAGCGUAAAUGUUCAAACAUAUGAAGAAAAAAAUAUUAAAAGAGAAUAUCCUACACCAAUUACUUUCUUAGGUAAAAUCCUGGAUGGAAACACGAAAGUGAAUAUUGAUGCAGAAAAUGAAUCACUUUUACUAAUAGAAUCAAACGAGGAAUCGGUGUUGGAACCAAAAGUAGAAAAAGACACAGUAACUGUAGACGUUCAAGCAUAUGUAGAAAAAGUUGUGGAAGAAGAAUCUUCAUCACCAAUUAAUUCCUUUAGUGAAGUAGUGGAAGAAUAUACAAAUGGGAAUGUUGAUAUAGAAAAUGAAACAAUUUUACAAAUUGAUAUUUCUACAGCGGCUACAAAUUCAGUUAUAGAAGAAAAAGUUACAGAAAACGAAUAUUCAAUUUCUUCAUUUUUAGUUGCUGGAAAACAAAUUAAUAUUAUUGAUUCUGAAACAGAAACUCUAUCAUCCAUUGAAACAUACAUGACAUUUGUAGAUGAACCAAAUGUGGUAGGGUAUUUAUCUGUAAAUGAACAUGAAGCACAUAUAGAUUCUUCAAGCUUAAAGAAACAAAUAAAAAUCGAUUCAGAAACAGAAAUCGAAACUUUAUCAUUAGUUGACAAUUUAACUGAGUCUGUUAAGGAACAAAUAGUUGAAAAAAUUACUGAAAAUAAAACUCCGACACUAAUUGAUUGUUCAUCUGAAAUUGUAUUGCAAGGAAAUAAAGUGGACAUGGAUACAGAUAGUCAAACACCAUUACCAAUUAACAAAUUUUCAACAACUGUAGUUGAUCAGAUAGUAAAAAACGUUAUUGAAAAUGAAACUCCAACUUAUUGUUUAGUGGAUGUUUCAGAAGAACAAACGAAAGUGAACAUCAAAAAUAAUAUAGAAACUUUCACGCCAAUUGAUAUUUGUACUUCAUCUGUAGGGAAACAGUUAAAUGUGGAAUAUUUAUCUGAAAAUGAACAUACAGCACAAAUCGAAAAGGAGAGUAGAAAUGAAACUUCAACACCGGUUAAUUAUUCAACUUCGAUCACAAUAGAACAAACUGACCUACACAAUUUAGCUGAAAGAACAUUACCGAAUGAUGACAUUUUGUCUAGAAAUACUAAAACAAAUUCAAUUGAUAGAGAUAGUAAAACUGAAAAUUCAGAUAAUUCUAAUAAUUGUUAUUUAAAAUUUGGAGAAACGUCUAAAAUACGUACUUUUGAAAAUGAAGACAAUUUACAGAGAAAAUCGUAUGGAAUUCAAAAAUUAGAAAUGUCCGUUCAACGUAUGAAAACAUCCGAUGAAGAUUAUUAUGAAAAAACUUUUGUACAGUUGGAACAAACUGAAAAAAUUUCUAAAGUAGAUGACGUCAAUGUUGAUGGUGAAAAUAAAACUACUAUUGACGACAAAUUAUACACAGUCAACGAAUCCGACUUAAACGCAAUAUUAUGUGCAUCUUCUCUUGAACAAGCACUUACCUUGUUGGAUUCCAAGAUAAAGUUCAAAUUUAAACAUAAGAAGUCAUCGAAAAUAAACGCUAUGGAAAAUAUUCCGAAAAUUCAAACAUCUGAAAGUCAAAGUAGUGGUGUAAACACCAACUUUACAGAUGCUCGAGAAUUCUUUAAGGAAAUUGAAAAAAAAUCUAAAAAAUAAAACAUGAUGAAGUAAAAGUUAUAUUUUAUUUUUUUGUACUAAUUCAAUAAUCAGCAAAAUUAUUAUUU